AGGCUGAGAGGAUGCAAAAUGCUUGCAGGAAUGAAGCUCAGGAUUACUCAGCUUCCGGUCCAGCCUUAAGCUGGAGGACAAAUAAAGAAUCUAUGCUCAGUUACAACUACUGAAAGAGAAAAAAAUGUCCAGAAAAUCUGGCUGAGAAUGUUUUUAUGAGGUAGAGACGACAAGAUCCUCUUAGCAGAACUUUAACAGAAGAGUCUUUUGAGGUGCAGUCAUUGGUGUAGAGGGAGAAAAGCAACGGGAAGAGCACACAUCCCUGAAGAGUGCCUGUACUGAUUAACCAGACUUGAUUGCAUCUUCUGGGAAUGAUGUAUUACAUGCUGCUGGUGCAAAUCCUUUUUAAAGAAGUCUGAUUAAGUAGAGAGAAAUAAAGCUGUAUUCAGCAGUUGCAGAUAUUGAUAAAGAAUGAACAUAAAGGAUCCAAAAGUGACAGAAGGGGGCCUCAAUGUCACUCUCACUAUACGCCUUCUUAUGCAUGGAAAGGAGGUUGGCAGCAUUAUUGGGAAGAAAGGUGAAACAGUUAAGAAGAUGAGGGAGGAGAGUGGAGCUCGAAUCAACAUCUCUGAAGGCUCUUGUCCAGAAAGAAUUGUGACUAUAACAGGCCCAACAGAUGCAAUUUUCAAAGCUUUUUCUAUGAUUGCAGUAAAGUUUGAAGAAGAUAUCAGUGCUUCAAUGUCAAACAGUACAGUGACAAGCAAACCACCAGUAACAUUGCGACUUGUAGUACCUGCAAGCCAGUGUGGAUCUCUUAUAGGGAAAGGAGGAUCCAAAAUCAAAGAGAUCAGGGAGUCCACAGGAGCCCAAGUACAGGUUGCAGGUGAUAUGUUACCAAACUCUACAGAACGUGCUGUAACUAUAUCGGGUACUCCCGAAGCUAUUAUUCACUGCGUAAAGCAAAUCUGUGUGGUUAUGCUAGAGUCUCCACCCAAAGGUGCCACAAUUCCUUACCGUCCCAAACCUGCCCCUGCACCCAUAAUCUUUGCUGGUGGCCAGGUAAGAGCAGACACCAUUUUGGCUUCAGCUGGAAACCACACCAUCCUGGCCCAACCUCAGACAACGCCUGCAUUCACAAUUCAGGGACAAUAUGCCAUCCCUCAUCCAGAUCUGACCAAGCUUCAUCAGUUGGCUAUGCAGCAUCCCCCCUUUACUCCCCUUGGGCAGAACACUCCUGGCUUCCCUGGAUUAGAUACCAGUGCUCCAACCAGUUCCCAUGAGCUUACUAUUCCAAAUGAUGUAAGUAUGCUUAAUUUCUCUUGUUCUUGA